AUGGAGCAGACGACACUUUUAGACAUCCAGGACAACCUAACAUCACACGAGGACGUACCCACACGAACACUGCACCAGGUAGGCGCCACAUUGAUAGGGUCUUUGGGUUUCCUUGCAAAUAUGAUGAUUCUGAUCGCAAUCUUGAAGGCGAAACUAUAUCGACAAAAUGUGAUUUUGUUUGUUCUCAAUUUGGUGAUAAACAACGCGCUUGUUUGUGCGAUCUCACUGCCAUAUAUCGCCGCCAUGUCUUUUAACUACACUGAUGAUGUGAACCUGACCAUUUGUAAAGCUAUGGGGUAUAUCACAUAUUCCAUAACAGCUUCCGAGUUAUUGGGACUUGAUCUCGUAGCCAUAAACAGAUAUUUCCUUAUAGUCAGAUACAGCACAUACUUAAACAUCUACAACGACAAGAAAAACAUAGCGAUCAUGAUAUGCUUGUCCUGGAUAGUGUACCCGAUAAUACUGCUGUUUCCGGCGACCGAAGUUUGGGGAAGUUUUAUGUAUGACCGGAACAGAUUUUUUUGCAAUCCAUUCAAAGCUAAGGACAGCUUCGGAAUAUUUCUCUCCGGAUUCGCUGUGAUAACUUCAGUUCCUUUACUGAUCUUUGGAUAUACGAGUAUUCUACCAAAAGUGUUUAAAACGAAUCAACAAGUGAAUAUAACCCGGAGCAAGUCUGUGACCACUAAAAACCACACGGACAAGCUACGAAGACGUGACGUUCGUCUUGUGUCUUUAGUUCUGGUUUUACUAACAACAUUUUGCCUAAUGUAUUUACCCUUUAUUGUGCUAUCCAUCAUUGAUAUAAAAACGUCAGCGGUUGACCCCGGAAUGCGCAUCGCAUUUCUUUACGUUGCUUGGGCACAUUGUUUGGUAAACCCGUUUUUGUACGCUGUUCUGAACAGUCAGAUCCGAAAGGCGAUAAAAGACUUGUUUCUAGUGGUUGACGACAAGGAUGGUAUCUCCAGGAUCACCAAAGUCAGCAUAUCAAUUCCAUCGAUACUUGUGUAUGAACAAGUAUUUCGGGAAUUCAGCUACCGAAUAGAUGUAAAGAGUGUUGUUUUCAAGGGAUUUCAAGUUUUCUUUUAUCGAGGAUUGAAAGACAUUGCGAAAAAUAGAAAAGAAAAUCAAUAG